UGGCGGGCGCUGCUGCGGAGGAGGCGGCGGCGGAGAAGCGGCGGCAGCGCAUGGGUAGGCUGGCCGGCGAGCGCAGUGGCUCCGGCGCGUGGAGCUGUUCAGCGGCGAGGUGCUGAGUCUCCGGCGCGCGGAAGGCGGCUCCGCGGGCGGCGGCUGCUGCUGCUGCUGCGUCUGGGGCUGGGCUCCGAGUCACGGCGGCUCCGCUGCUGCCAGCCAGAGGCGGAAAGAAAUCCUCCAGGAACCAGCCUAUGCUGAACAAGGAAAGGCUGAAUGAAAUCUUGAAGAGUCCAAAACAGUUCUUUUGCAGGCUGCAAUUGAGACCUGCCAAACUCGUGACUCACCAGGACAAAUGCAGUCCUGGAGUCCUGCAUUGUGGACUGCAAAGUGCACAACCACCCUUCUUCUUCAAGUUCCAGGUGAUUGUCCUUGCCACGCUCGGCUAGACUGACAUGGCUCUUUGCGGGGAGCAAUGAUACCCUUGGGAGCAUCUAGGCACCAACAGCCAAAAAGGACUCUUGCCUCCCUUCCUCCUGACUAUAACAAAAUGAGAUGGUGCUGCUAAGGUGAUAACUGCUCCUUGCAGUCUGGGAGACACAGCUUUACCAGGAGACCCCACCCCACAUUUUGUCUGCCAAUGAAUGUUCUGAUGGAUGGUUGUCGGUGGUGACACCAUGUAGAAGGUCCUGAAGGGGGUGUCCUAACGGAGUUGCAAUGGUUUUAUACACUUCCCCAUUUCCCAACGGCUUUCUGUCAGCACUGCAUUCUUUCUCCUGGAGCUUAAUCUUCCCAUGCUAUUGGCUCGGAGACAGGCUCAUCGCCUCUUUUGUGCCUACCACCUACGAGAAACGCCAACGGGCCGAUGACCCAUGCUACUUCCACGCUCUGUGCGUCUUCAUCACCACUCCCAUCUACUUAGCCCUGCUGGUGGUCUCACUUCCUUUCGCCCUGAUCGGUUUCCUAUUAUGGUCCCCUCUCCAGUCUGUUAGACGGCCGUAUAGCUAUUCCAGGCUGCAGGACAAAAGCCAGAUCAGUGGAAGUACGCUGCUCACAGAGUGGAAGACCACCAGCAAUGGGAAGAGCUUUUGCUUUGGCAGUGCCAAUGUUUGCCUGCUCCCUGACUCCUUGGCGAGGUUCAACAAUGUCUUCAAUACGCAGGCGCGGGCGAAGGAAAUUGGCCGACGGAUCCGGAAUGGGGCAAGCAGGCCCCAGAUCAAGAUCUACAUAGAUUCUCCCACCAACACAUCCAUCAGCGCAGCUAGCUUCAGCAGCCUGGUCUCCCCUCAGGGUGGAGAUAGCAAUAACCGUGCUGUCAAUCCGGGCAUCAAGAGGACGACAUCCAUGGAGUACAAAGGGGAUAACUCUGGCUCCAACAACAGUGAGGAGGGCAAGGACGCCAAAUCUGGAGGGGAGGCCAACGAGGGAGAAGAUGGGAACACGUGCAUCGUGCGCAUCGCCGGAGAAGACAAUGGGCACAUUUCAGACCCAGAAGCCGACGGCACAGGUGGCCAGGCAAAUAACAGGGGUCCUGCAGACCGUUCCCCAGAAUCUGAAGCGGAGAGCUUGAAAGGGCAAACACCCAACCAUAAGCAAAAGGAAGGGGAUUCUGGGAGUCUGGAUAGUUACACUGCCUCCCGAGAGUCCCUGGUGAAGGUGCGUACCGGAGACGGCCCAGUGGACCAAAGCACUGUCAACAGCAAGCUCUUGUACAAGGCCUCACUCAUGAAGAAGACCUCCGUGAGGAAGAAGAAGAACACGGACGAGCCCUUUGACCACGAGAUCUCUGCUUUCUUCCCUGCCAACUUGGACUUCCUGUGCUUGCAGGAAGUGUUUGACAAAAGAGCGGCAGAGAAGUUGAAAGGGCAGCUCCACCAUUAUUUUGAAUACAUUCUGUAUGACGUGGGGGUCUACAGCUGCCACGGCUGCUGUACCUUUAAGUUUGUAAACAGUGGCCUGCUUUUUGCCAGUCGCUAUCCAGUUAUGGAUGCUGCCUAUCACUGUUAUCCCAAUGGAAAAGGAACAGACUCCUUGGCUUCUAAGGGGGCCCUGUUUCUCAAGGUGCAAGUGGGAAGUACACCUCAGGACCAAAGAAUUGUGGGAUACAUUUCCUGCACUCACUUGCAAGCUUUGGCAGGGGACACAACUGUUCGGUGUGAACAACUGGAUCUGCUUCAGGAUUGGCUGGCUGAUUUCCGAAAAUCUACCUCCUCCUCCAGCACAGCCAAUCCAGAGGAGCUGGUGGCAUUUGAUGUACUCUGUGGAGAUCUCAACUUUGACAAUUGCUCAUCAGAUGACAAGCUGGAGCAGCAGCAUGCCUUGUUUACGCACUACAAGGAUCCGUGUCGCCUCGGUCCAGGGGAGGACAAAUCUUGGGCAAUUGGCACCUUGUUGGAUCCAGAAGGACUGUAUGACGAAGAAGUGUGCACCCCUGAUAAUCUGCAGAAGACCAUGGAAAGUGAAGAAGGGCGAAAAGCCUACCUUGUCUUUCCCACCAGCAAGACCCACGCCUCCAGUCAGAAGGGGAGGAAGGCGGCUCUGAAAGGCAACGGGCGGAGGAUUGACUACAUGCUCUACGCCGAAGAGGGGCUCUACCUAGAGUGGAAAGUGGAAGUGGAAGAGUUCUGCUUCAUUGCCCAGUUAGCAGGCCUCACAGAUCAUCUGCCGGUCGCUAUGCGACUGGUGGUUUCAACAGGAGAAGAGGAUCCUUAAACGGAGGACUGUUUUUCGAGAGUUUAGAAGAGGAAACUUCCAAACUUUUGACCAAGAGGCAAGACAAAGAGUAAACAUUUCUGGUGCCCCCCGUCGAGAUGGACCAGGUCCGACAAGACUCUCCAACGGCCGCGACCCCAUCCGCUUUUCAAAUCCCUCUCCAUUCACGUCUGGACAGGAGAUUGGUCAAAAGGGAAGCCAAGAACGUAUGUGUACCUGUGCUUGGGGAGGCAGGGGGUCAUCCCACAGACAAGGGUCGCACGUUGCCCAGGCAACCAGGCCGGCCUUGAUUUCUAUACUUUCACUGUGGACUAAAAGGAACCAAGAUAGACGUCCCGAUUCCUUUGAACCAGUGCCAUUCUUACUAAACUCUGUUUUUUUAUACUGAUAUAUAGCACAAUAUAGUUUGUAAUCAGUCUGCGUGUUAGUGCUGCUCCUGAAGCGAGUUUUUGCAUCAUUUCUUUAUAUAUCCUUAACGAGCUAAUGCUUAAUUUCUCUUUUUCUAACUCUUCUUUUUUAGCCUGUUAAUGUCGUAGUAGCAUGCCUGCAUCAGACGCAUGCGUCCACAUUGCAUGCCACUCACUUGGAAGUGGAACGGUCAGUAAGGAACCGUGGGAGGGUGGGGUGGGGUGGGGAUGAAACGACAAGGGCCGCCAUGAGAAUUCAGAACCGACACCACCCAAACAACAUUCAGAGCUAGGAAUAGCCAACCUUCAUCAUGAACUUCGGAAGACAGCAGAGUAUUUCUUGUAAGGCCCUCUGUAUUUCCUGUACAGGCCUACUUAACAGGGGCCCCCUGCUAUUUUUGGACUACAACUCCCAUAAUCCCCAGCCACAGUGGCCAAUAGCCAGGGAUUGUGGGAACUGUAGGCCAACAUCUGCAGGAGGGCCGGAGUUGGGCAGCCCUGGUUUAAACAAUAGAGUUGACACUAAAUGCAUUUUCUGCCACUCUGAGCCCCACUUUUUUCAAAAGAUAUUACUGAAGGCUGAUUUAUGGGGGAGCAAUUCAGGUGGUAAGGGCUUUCCUGGACUGUACCACUUUAGCCUGCAGAUGUGGGAGGGAUGGGACAUGGCCAUCCAAAUCUGCCUUAGGCUCUCAGGUCACCCAGGGCAGCCCUUUAAUGGGACUAGGAGAAAUGGUGGUCUCAGGAAGCAGAAUCUUAGGGAACCAGCAAGGUAGCAUGGUGCCCAUGCUUUAGAAAAGGUGGGGUGGGGCCACACAAGGCAGCACUUGCCCCCUGCAUCAGGUGCACAGAGGCCUUGAGCCACCACUGAGACCACCUGUCUGUCAACUGACUGGCCAAAGCUCUUCCGAGCACCAAGCAGAGGUCCUUCUAAGCCCUGCUACCCAAGAUCUGCCUGCACCUGAGUCAAAGUGCCGAAUGACGAGAGACACUCUAGCCCACCAAUUCUCUCUCCUCCACACUCCCUCUUCUGCUCUGUUCUUCUCUCUCUCCUACAAAUCCAGGAAAUAAGGAAGGAGGAUCAGAAGGGGGAGCAGCAUCUGAUGGUAAAGGUAGAUGGUGAAGGCACAGUGUUCCUCUAACGGGGAUUCCCAGAGGUUGUUGACUACAACUCCUAGCAUCCUCAGCUGCAGGAGUUGUAGACAUGGGAACAUAGGAAGCUACCAUAUACUGUGUCAGACCUUUGGUCCAUCUAGCUCAGUAUUGUCCACACAAACCAGCAGUGGCUUCUCCAAGGUUGCAGGCAACAGGAGUCAGCCCUAUCUCGGAGAUGCUGCCAGGGAGGGAACUUGGAACCUUCUGCACGCAAGCAUGCAGAUGCUCGUCCCAGAGCGGCCCCAUCCCCUAAGGAGGAUAUCUUGCAGGGCUCACAUGUAGUCUCCCAUUCAGACACAAACCAGGGCAGAGCUUGCUUAGCAAAGCAGACAAUUCAUGCUUGCUGCCACAAGACCAGCUCAGGGUCAACAGCCUCUGAGAUUCCCUGUUACAGGGAACACUGCCUUGGACCUAAGCAGGCUCAGAAGCACUGAGAUCAUCCUCAACUGUACCGAUACCUUUGAAUAUUGCCCGGUAAAAAAACUUCUGAACAUAGAAUACGAAUACGACAAAUAUUUAUAUACCGCUUUUCAACAAAAGUUGCCAAAGCAGUUUACAUAUAAAUAAAUAAAAAUGGUUCCCUGUCCCCCAAAGGGCUGACAAUCUUAAAAAGAAACAUAAGAUAGACACCAGCAACUGGAGGAAUUCUAUGCUGGGGGUGGAUAGGGCCAGUUGCUCUCCCCCUGCUGAAUAAAGAGAACCAGUGUGGCAGCAGAAAGACUAGCCUGAAUCCUUCUCCCUGGCAUAUUUAUUUUGUGAAAGGAGGCAAUUGCAGGGGAAAGCACUGAACUAUUCAAACUCCACCACCUGCAGCCAGACAUGGUACAGUCAAAGGAAAACCUUAGUGCUGGAUUUCGCUCAAUCCCUAAACGGGUCCUUGGACCCAAUGAAGGUGUUAGUGGAACGGCAUGGGUUACUGCUUCCUUGUGGCUGUAUAAUCCCACAGAUGUCCAAUAAUGUUGGCAUGAAGAAUUGAGAUGGAACUGAGAGAUGGUGUGGGAUGUAACACCACCAGCACUGACAACCUUCAGGGAAGUGUUAUUUUAUGUGUGAUCCGCUUAUCCCACAGGAGUCCAUCACUCUAAUCAGAUCAGGGUGGGAUCCAGCCACAGGGAAGUGGCAUCGACAACAGUAAUGUGUGAAUUAGAGCUCAUAGAUUGUGGGGUAGGAGGAGGAGAUGGUGGAGACCCUCAUUGGAACCAUAAGGCAUCAUCAUGCUGCACACCAUGGGAUGGGCUUUCUAAUAGCCAGUGAUCUCCUAGGCUGUAUGCAAGGGGUUCACUACCUUGGGCUCCUAGAUGCUGUCAGAUGACAACUCAUAUUAUCCCCAGCCACAAUGGCCAAAGGGAGUGGCCAUCCAGCAACAUCUGGAGAGCCAAGGCUGAGAACCCCUGGACUACAGAGUUAUGCUCUGGAAGACAUAAGCAGAGAUGCAAUGCUGUGCUUUAGCUUGUAAACCAGCUCAGGAGACUGGAUUUGAAAAGUGGUCUAGAACUAUCCUGAAUAGUUCUAGAUCACUAGAAUUAGAUCACUAGAAUAGAUGUGCCUGUCCCUUGAAGAAGAAGACCUCACAUUUCCAUUUUAUAUCUCACCACUUUUUGGAAUUUAUAUUUUUAACCUAAUUUUUGUUGCAGAAAGACAUAUGUAAGCUUAGAGACCAUUCUGUUUAUAAAAGCAAAAACCAUGAGAAUCAGCCCACUGCUCUGCCCUUAACCAAUGGAAACAAAAAAACAAUGAAGACAUUGACAAUUAAUACCUCCAUAUGGGAUGAUCCAGGGAAUUAAGGACAUGUGCUUAGAUUUCAGGCUGUCUCUCAUUUCCUGUAAAAGAAUGAGCUGCGGGUUUCAAAAUAAAUCUGAAAAGAAAAAGAAAGCUACAGGUUACAGACUGUAGCUUUCAAUUCCUUGAAAGCAAGCAAUUUUUUUAAAUCUCCGUAGACCUUAGAAGUUGCAUCCCUAUUUAUAAGUGCUGUACAAAGAAACAGAAACCCAGAAAAAGACAUGAGGAGCAGGUGAUCAUUAGAACCUAUUUUCAGUGGCUGUUGCUUGUCUCCAUCCUAGAAAUAUGAAGUAAUCUAGGCCUAACUCAAAGGUUAUCCUCUGAAUGAGGCUUCCAUCCCCCCCUCCAACUAAGCCCCAAUUAAAAUACUGCCAUGAGUGAAUUUCAGCUCACCAUCCCCUCCCCAAAAUUACUGAAAUGCCCUCCCAGUUUCAUCUUCUGCAUAUGGUGGUAGCAAAACUGGAGGGGGUUAGCUCAGUACCAGAAUGACAGCUAACCAUGUGCAGAGUGCUACUGAGUAAUCAAAGCCAACUUCCAUAUGUCUUAAUGAACUGGAGCUGAAGGUUAAUUUGGAGAGCCAAAGCAAAUGACUUAGGUGAUGCAAUUGUCUCUGAGGCAAUUCCAAGGGUAACGGAAUCAGGCAUUUUAAUGAUGGUAGCCAGAAGCAAAUUUUUCAGUUGGUAAUCUAGCUAGCUAGCUAGCUAUAUCUAUAUCUCCAGUGGCAAGAGAACAUCUCGUACUAAAAGGCCAUAUUUUUUAACAAAACCCUUCAAUAUCAUAGAUAGUAUCUGAAACAUGCAAAAUAAUUCAGUAAAGAAAUAAAAAACGAUGUCCUAAAAUUCUGAUUCCAUUACCAAGGUAUUUUGCAUGUUUCAAACACUACCUUUAAGGGUUUUGUAAAAGUCUUGCCAGUGGGUAUAUAUAAUUCGAACAUGAACAUUUGUUUAUGGUUACCAUAAUUUUAAAAGCAGUCACAUGUCUGAUUCCAUUACUCUGAAUUGCCCUUUGUUUUUCUUUCCCCCCCUCUUGAUUAGGGAGGGGCACAUAUUUGGCUCCUGUGCAUGAGUUGGGCUCAGAGUCCUUUUGCUAUUUUACACGUGAACAUCACUUUAUUUAAUGAACAACCAACCAUAGGUCCCAGCUACCAUUGCUCCCUGUUUCUUUCUCAUCUUUGCCUUUGGUGUGAGAACUUCCUUCUCUUAGAAGUGACAGGCACGCCUUCCAGAGCCUACCUCUGUAUAAACAGCACCACCACAAAGAAGGCAUUGCCACUUGCAAGGGACAGAAGAUCAAGUUUCAUGGAUUUAAACAGGGGUUCUCCAACUUAGAUCUCCGGAUGUCAUAGCCCAAGCGAUUGUGCUCCAAAGUGGCUGGGGAUGAUGGGAGUUGUAGUCCAGCAACAUCUGGGGGCCCAUGUUUGAAAACCCCUGGAUUAACCCAAUUUGCUUUUUACAUCCUUCUUUGGCUUAGAAAGCAGAAUGUCCAAAAAUGCUUGAACCGUUUGAUACUAGCCUGUCCUGCAUUAGUUGCAAACCCACGGAAACAGCUUCCUAUCAUGUAUCAGGUGCAUAGGAAGGGACCAGUGUGUUGCUUGCUCCAUGGUGGCCAAAAUGCCUGUAAGAUGUAGCAUAGUUUCAUCAAUCUAGCCAAUCAAUCUAGCUAAAUAUCUAACACACAAUAAGGAUAUGUUAGGCUGCUCAUGUGCAGUGCCAGGAUCCACACAGAUAUGCUGGUACUGCAACGACAACCCCCCAUAAUCCCUGACUACUGGCCACUGUGGCUGGGAAUGAUGGGAGUUGUAGUCCAAAAACAGCUGGGAGGCCACAAUCAUUCAGCCCUGUCCUAAAAAACCUCAAGUUUGUAUCAUUUUACCAAUGCAUGAAUCUUGUACCAUGCCUGGCAUUUAUUUGCUCAACAUUGACUUGGUCAAAAGGACCAGAUCAGAAGUCAAUGCUGUGAUUACAUGAUUGAACAACAACAAAAAAGACCUGCAUGAUACUAGAGGGCCCCAGAGGCAGGUCUUCUUUCCCUCUUCUGGAAAUGGAAAAAGAGGACUUUGAAAACUGGGGUGGGGGGUGGAAUUCGAAGAGAAGCAAAUGUUUCUGGAGAAAUAAAAUGCAGCGGAAUCAAAUUCUAAUUGAAUCUGGAGUGUUCUCUGUAAAGGAUAGGAGCUGGUUCUAGCCUGGAAAUAUUAUAAUGGACCUAGAGUGGCUGGGGAUGAUGGGAGUUGUAGUCCAACAAAGGCCAGAGACCCAAGUUUGAGGAUCCCUGGAUGAAGGAAUCCAGCCCAGGCUCUAAAACAAAGUCCAAAUGGCGGUUAAGCCUUGUUAGAGGAUUGGCAUUCUCUGGCACUUCACCAUAUCAACAGCUUCUGGGUACAACUGAUUAGAAAGGGAUUUGGCACCAGCCCUUGAAAAGGAAGAGACCUUUGCUGCCUCACUUUUAAGGAGAUAGUCUUCUGCCUACUGCUAUAAGUUCUCUUGUGCUUUGCAAGCCUAAACAAUAGGAUAUAGGAAAGUCCUCCCACACGAAAAGGAGUCGUGCAUGUUCGGAGAGCAUCUGGUCAGAUGCAUCCCUGGUGAGUGCAUUGGACCGCUUUGCGCACUCAUGCGUGGGAAGCAGGGAUGGAAAAUGCAGGACCUGCCUAGACUCCAUUAGCAGAGAGGCCUAGUUUCCAGAUCAUAAGGAGUCAUCGUUCUGCUCUAUUCUGCACUGGCCAUGCUCCCCUUGAAAGACUGUAUCCAGGUCUGGGCAUCACAUUGUAAGAAGGAGAUGGAUAAACUUGAAGGGACAAAGAGCAGGGCCGCAACGAUGGUGAGGGGUCUUUCAACCAAGUUGUAUGAGGGAUCUGGGUUUUGUUUAGUCUGGAGAAGAGAUGACUAAGGGGAGAUAGGAAAUCAGUCUUCAAAUACCUGAAGGGCUGGCACGUAAGGCUUGUCCACACCGUCGUUUGAAUGUGGGUUUAGAUUCCAUAUUGAAGUGAUUGUGUGGACCUGUGCCAUGGUGGUUUAUGGCCUGAGAUUCCAGAUGUGGGUUCACACAAUCAGACUAAUGUUGGUAACCUACAUUAAACCUAGAUUUGAAUAGUUGUGUGAACUGGGCCAUAGAAGGCUUAAAAGCAGACUUGUUCUCUGUUGUUCCUGAGGGCAGGACUAGAAAGAAGCAAAGGGCUGAAAUUACAAGGAAGCAGGUUCAGGCUAGAUAGAAGGGAUGUCCUAACUGUAGGAGUUGUUGGAUAGUGGAUCCAGUGGAUCCUCCUGCCAUGGUGGGCUAUCCUUUGCUGGAGGUGUUCCAAUAGAGACAGGAUGCUGUAGCAGAUCCCUGAACUGAAUGUGGGACUGGAAGAGAAGACCUCCAACUCUAAAAUGCUUUGGGGAUGAAGUUCAGGAGAGAAGUCACGAGUGAGGGAAAAUCUAAGCAUUUGUGUCCUGCUUUUCUCCUCCAAACUGUACCUUCCUCUGCUACAUCUUCUGGGCCCCCACAAUGGGGGUCUCAAUGGCUCAACUCCACUACAUUUCCUGAAACAAAACUGCUUUAUAUUGUCACCAUAUUCUCCCAAACUUUGUAAUUUUGUGCAUGUAGCAUGGCUUCUUCCAAAGCAAGACCAGAACCAGCUCUGCCUUUGCUCAGAACAGGAAUCAGUCUUCAGAAUCAAAACAACAAUAAACUUACAGACGCAACAUUAUUGCCUCUAUAUGUGCAUGACACAAAGGGUUCGCUAGUUCUUUCACCCAAGCUAAAUCUGAGUUUGUUUUAUCGGAAACAUGGCUUCUCAUUCUGUUUUCUAUCUUGUGGGUAUUUUAUUACCGUUAAAAACAAAAAACAAAAACCAACCAGUAUGGAUUGCCAUUUGUGUGGUGGCCACCAUCUCUGCCUAGAAUUUCUGCCUUGAAUAGUAAUACUAACCCAAGAAAGGGGCAGUAUUUUAAUAGCUUUCCUAACCGCGUCAAUUACAGUUGGAUAUCCAAGUAGCUGAAAUAGACAUACUUACUGUGUGGUGUAGAAGUAACUGUACAAAUUACUGCCAGAUAUUUACAGUGAAAAGGAAAAUGAUUAACAGCUGUCUAAAUUCCUUUGAGGUUACUUUUUGUGAAUUCUUGCAGCCUAUGGUGUGUGUGUGGGGCGGGGUCUGUUUUCCCCCACAUUCAACUUUAGAGUUUUUCUUUUCUUUUUUUCUUUUCUUUUUUGGCGGGGGGUGGGGUCAGUGGGGGUCAGUUUUGAAGUAAACUUCUCAGAGUUUAUCGUUCUUGGAUAUUCUCCAUUUUUAACUGUAGAACAAUUAAUCAUUGUACAAACCAGUUGACUACUUUUGGAUUAGCCAUAACCAAUGUUGCUCAUUAGCACUGAUUAGUCUUGUGGGUCAAACUUUGAGAAAACAUGAUGUAGUUGGGGACCUGUAUUCCUUGCCUUCUUAAUGCAUUGACCGUGUGCCUUUUGAUGCCUUGAUAUGCGUUGAAAGAUGAAAUCCCAUUGGAUGGCAAAAGGAAGAAAUACAUUUCUUACUCCAGAAAACAGUGUUAAGAAAAGAAAAGCCCACCCCAUCUAUGACCAAAUUCUAUCCUGAGCACUUUCCAGAUUACACACUACAACAGGGGUAAAAUGCUUUGACUUAGGAUCGUAUUGAAAACACAAGAUCGAAUUGAAAACGGCCCCCAGAAUCUCAAACUCUACAAAGAAAAAAUGCAGCAAUAGCCUUGCAACAUUGUAGCACUAUAACGCAAAGAUAAAAUUCGAUGCGAACGGCACCAUGCUGUCAGCACAGGGAUUGUGGUGUCACAAUACAGGAAGUAUGGACGCUCACUUUGCAGAUCUUAGUGACACUGUGGUAGGGUUUAAUCUGGAAAGUGUCCUGUUAUUGCAAAUUGAUAUGAUACUCAAACCCUACAUAUAUAGGAUCGGGGCAAGUGUUCUUCAAACGUUGGUCCCCAGAUGUUGUUGGGAUGCAACUCACAUCACCCCCUGCCACCGUGGACAACUCCCAUAAUCCCCUGUCGCAAUGGCCAAAGGCCAUUGUUGCAGGGUAUGAUGGGAGUUGAAGUCCAACCAUGUUUGGGGACCCAGGUUUGAUGACCUUGGCCAUAGGGUCCAGUAUUAUUUUCUGUGAUUGAGAAAACACCAAAUUCUGAUUGAAGGAUAUAGAAGCCUAAAGCAGUGGGCACACUUCAGUCCCCCAUAUAACCAAACUUUUAUCCACAUUCACUGUACCAGAAAAAAACACACAGGAGCUGUACUUUCCCACCUGCUGUACAGGGGGUAUGUUGAACUUGUGGGGAUAUGGGGGACUUGUGGGAAUUUGGUGGUCCCUUUAGUGCAGGGCUGCUCAACUUUGGCCCUCCUGCAGAUGUUGGCCAGCAACUCCCAUGAUCCCUGGCUAUUGGCCACUGUGGGUGGGGUUGAUGGGAGUUGUAGUCCAAAAAGCAGCUAGGAGGCCUAAGUUGAGCAGGCCUGCUUUACUGGAAUGCUUGGCUGGCCAUGCAUUUUUCUGCUCUUCCAAGAUAGAUGGUCUUGGAGAUCCAAAUGAUGUGUGCUGGUCAUCACACCUGCCUUGUUCUAAAGCAGGGGUUCCCCAGUUGGGGUCCUCAUGUGUUGUUGGGCUACAACUUCCAUCAUCCCCAUUGUGGUUGAGGAGGACAGGUGUUGUAGUCCAGCAAUGUCUGGGGACCCCUGUCCAUUCAAGAGGAAUCAGACCUCUUGGUAUGAUCCAUUUUGAAAUGGAGGGGCCAUGAUAGAGUUUUAAUGUACCUUCACAAAGUGUGUACUUUAUGAGGGCACCCAUAAGUAUGGGGUGGAGAGCUGGCCUUGCAGUUUCAAGCCUGAAUCCUCCCCUUUGUUAAGCAGGGUCUGCCCUGGUUUGCAUUUGGAUGGAUGACUGCCCAUGAGCACUGUCUGCUGUACGAUAUUCCCCUUCGGGGAUGGGGCCAUGACUCAGUGGCAGAGCAUCUGCUUGGCAUGCAGAAGGUCCAAGAUUAAAUCCCUGGCAGCAUCUCCAGGUAGGGCUGGGAAAGACUCCUGCCUGCAACCUUGAAGAGCUGCUGUCAGUCAGUGUAGGCAAUGCUGAGUUAUAUGGACCAGUAGUCUGGCUCGGUAUAACACAGCUUCCUGUGUUCCUAUCCAUACAGAGGAACACUCUCUUCAAACUACACAAACAAGGGACACCAUCCAUUCCCAGUGGCUUCUUGCAUGUAUACAUCGGCAGUGCCCCAGUUUAUACACACAGGCUCUGUGGUGUUUUUUAGUUAAUCCAUUCCUUGAUCCAGGCCAACUCUUGAUUGGUGCUUUAAUAACGUUUUUGCCCCACUCCUGGGCUAGAGGCAAGGCUAGCAAACAGCCAGCAGCAAGAGCCUGGAGGAGAGCAGUCUGCACUUGCCUCUCUCUCUCUCUCUCUCUCUCUCUCUCUCUCUCUCUCUCUCUCUCUCUCUCUAUAUAUAUAUAUAUAUAUAUAUAUAUAAACUAUUAAUGUAUUCCUCAUUCUACUUCACUGCCUGCUCCUUGUGUGCCACAACUCCUUCUACUGGAUUCUACAAACUCCAAUCACCAUACAUACAAUAUGCCUGUAUUUUAUAUUCAGUUCUGGAAAUACAAAAUUGUAUGAUGAUUGUUCUCUAGGUGAGGGACAGCCCGAUCUCUCCCCCAAGUGAGCAAAGUGUUUCUAAGAGCACUGGAAUGUUCUUCUUCGAGCAUUUCCUUUAUCUCUGUGAUGCCAUCAUGGAGAUGCUAGGAAGGAAGGAAGGAAGGAAGGAAAAGAAAGGGAAGGAAGGAAAGAAAAAGAAAGAGGAAGGAAGGAAAGGAAGGAAGAGAAAGAAAAAGAGAGAGAGAGAGAGAGAGGGAGAAAUCCUAUCCUAGUGUGUGCAUUUGCUAUUAGAGUAGCCAUAGAUUUGACUUCAGCCAUACAGUUUCUUAGCACUUGACUCAUGGAAGUUCUCAGGAGGUGUUUUUAACUGUAAGGUUAAAAUUCAACAGAGCAAAACCCAUCUGCAUCUCGUCAAAGCUGCUCUAAGUCAAUAGGAGUCUUGCUUCCUAAGGGAGCAUACGACUAAGGCCAUUAGGAGUGUGAGUUCUGCAUAACUUACGGAGGAAAUAUAUGACUGUCCUGUCAGUUGUACAGCACGGAAAAUGGGUAGAAUUGCUGAACUCCAGGUAGACUGGAGGCUUAUAUCUUAGGAAUGCUUUUAUCUUAAGAACUGCAGCCUGACAAAUGCCAUGCUCUUAAAUAAAUAAAAAAUAAUAUCUUAAAAUAUUACUGUAUUUACCCAAAAGGAAGAUGAUGGCCCUCUUAAAAACAGAGGUUAUAUACAGGUUAUAUCUGUAUUUGCCUCAAAGGAACAUGAUUCUGAAUUUAAGACAAGCUCCCCCAGUCUUAACAUCCAAGAGCUUGUGGGGGGCGGGGUGGGGGGGGAUGAGUCUUGGAUUCUGGUAAAUACAGUACGGAGUGCCAUUCUUCAAUGCACCCUGUAGGAAUUUCAUGCUUAACCAUUCUCUGUAGAGCUGCCGUUUGAUUUUGUGCAUGGGUCAAAUUUGGAGGUGAAAGUGGAGAUUCUACCACAGCAGAAACAUCUGAAGAAUUUUAAAGUUUUGAAACAUCUAGUAAACUUUGGCAGGGUGGUGGAUUGGCGGGGGGGGGGGGGGCAUGUGUCUGUGUGUAUAUGAGAGAGACACAUCCCUUCUUUAGACGCAUAAAAAGUAGUUUUAAAAAGAGAAUUCACAUUCUUGAUCACUGCUGGGGGUGUCGUCAGGUAUGCUGGGAUACAAUCACCUACUGCUCACCAGACCUCGAUUCCAAUCUAGUGAGCAAAAUUAUUAAGACCUGGGACCAGAGUUGUCACCAGAGCUCAUGCGAAAGGGUCAAAGAAUUUUGAGGGAAGCAAAAAGAAUGUUGAUAAGAUAUGUUUUGAUGAGACUUGCGCAUCCCAAAUUCUCCCUAAGCAAUCACAUGAAAUCAGCCCUUCAGCUCUUUAAGGGAAGCAAACUUCUCAAGCUGAAUUAUACUCAAAAGUACACUCAGAGAUUUUCAGUUACUGCAUGUCUGUGAUCGCAUGGUGUGAUGAUCCAUGUCCCCCAAAAUUCUGGGUUUCACCUGGAUUUUAAGCAUCUCACCCAGCCUGCUUAACCCACCCAGAUUUCAGAUAUUUUUUUUUAAGCUAAGCUCUAGCCCUUGUAGAAGCAGAGUUAUGGAGCAAAAUGUGCAGUCACUAUUAUGUUCAGAAAUUAUUUCCCAGCCAAUUAAUAUGCAAAUUAGGCACGGAAAUUAGGCAUAAUAUGCAAAUUAGGCACCGGAUUUGGAAAGGCAGAAUAUGGCAACCCUACUUCCAACUUUAUAGGUGGCAUGUCUCCAGUGCAUAAGAGCCCACCCCCUCAUAACUUCCUGCCCCUCCCAUGAAGUUCACACUCAACUUCUUGCCCCUCAUAUCUAGACACUGUGUGCUAUUCCUCCUUCUCCACUAAUAUUGCAUUUAAUAAGAAUCCAAACUUUCUCACCUAAUGGCACUCAGAUCACUUCUGCUGAUGCAAAUAGAGUUUUUACCCGUUCAAGUUUGACAGAUUGGCCAAAUAAUAUUGGAAUGGUUAUGUGCAACUUACUAAAUGCACCCCACAUUCCAAGAUGGCUCUUAAUGGCUCUUGUGUCAUAUCUACCUACUGCCUACAAAUAUUCCUCCUGGGAAAGGCUCACCUUUUUUGAAGUUGAGAUGAGUCCUCCAGUCAGGAGCCAACAGCAUGCCAAUGAGUCGGGGAGGAGUGAAGGCCAAGCUCUUACCCAUCCAAUGGGGUCCCCUGUCUCUGUGGGCACAGAGAUAUAGCAUGGAGGGUUUUUUAUGUAAUAUGGAGGAGCACAUGUGCAUGUGUUUAGGAUUCAGGUCACUUGAUCAGUCAAGGUAAAGUAGUCUGCGUGAGAUACAUAGAGAUGCCAUUGCACCAUAUCUGCUUCUCCCCUAUUCUGAAGGUUAAUUUGGAGAGCCAAAGCUUAGGUGAUGCAAUGGUCUUUGUGGCAACUUCAAGUGUAAAGGAAUCAGGCAUGUUACCACUUUUCACGUGGUUGUAGCCAUAAGCAGAUUUUCAAGCUGAACUUUGAUAGACCCACUGGAAGAGACCAUCUCCUACUAUGAUGCCAUAUUUUUGCAAAAGCUUGAAAUGGGCAAAAUAUGUCAGUGAAGGAAUCAGAAAUGAGGUCUAAAAAUUCUGAUUCCAUUACCAACAUGUUUUGCUAAUCUUUAAAAUUUGCUUAUGGUUACAGUCACUGAAAAAGUGGAAACAUGCCUGAUUCCUACCCUUGAAAUUGCCCAAUGCAAUGCUGUCAUGUUCAAGACCAUGUUAUGCUACAUAUGAUUGGGAAGAGGGGAGAAAGAGAUACAAAGAACAGUAGUUGCUCUUUGUCUCAUUGAUGUCUAGUUCCCCCCAGGAUUAUGGAAUCAAAGACUGUUUCCCUUUUCAAAGGAAUUGGUGGAACCUUCAUGUUCCAUGGCCCUCUACCUUUGACUAGUAGAUGCACAAGAGAAACAACACGAGUGAGCUCAUGCCUUCAUGCCCAGCUUGUAAACUUCUUGGAAGCAACUGGCUUCCUAAGGUUGGAAUCACAUGCUGGACGAGAUGACCUUUGUUCUGAAGCCACAGGACAGUUCUGAUAUUUCCCUGUAUCAACAUGAUUCCAAAGACUUCAACAAUCCCUAAAACAAGGGUAGGCAGCCCCCGGCUCUCCAGCUGUUGUUGAACUACAACUCCCAUACUGCCCUGAGCCAUUUUUGGAAGGGUGGUAUAGAAUUGAAUAAAUAAAUAAAAUAAAUAAUCCCCAGCUGCAGUUUUGCAGCUAAAAGAUGCUGGCUGGCAUUCAGAUUAAUGAAGCACAGUUGCACACGAGCAAGAAAAUCCCAUCGUUGUGCAAAAAAAAGGCCAAAGUUGCACUCUUGCACAAAGUCCUCUGCAACCUAAGGGGCUGGAGGAAGAGCUUUAGGCACUUUGUUGUGCAAACACAAGAAUGUUUGCACUAGCACAAGACUUGUGUGGGGUGCAAGCUCCAGAUGUAGUGGAACUCAUUGGUGCAAAAUCCAUUUUUACACAAGCGUAGGAGCAUAGGUAGCUCCUGCCUACUGAGUCAGACCAUUGGUGCAUCUAGCUCAGUAUUGUCUACACUGACUGGCAGCAGCUCGCCAAGGUUUCAGGCAGGAGUCUUUCCUAGAACCUUUCUGGAAAUGCCGCCAGGGAUUGAACCUGGAACCUUCUACAUGCCUUCCUGCCACACAGCCAUGGUCCUCUCCCUGCAACACCCUUGCAUAAAUGUAGCAUUCGUCAGGAUGUCGGCUGCUGUCUGAAGUUUUCUUGACUCCCUAAACAAUUAAGUUUCCCUCUUUGGCGGCUCCCAUGGGAAAUGUGUUCUCCAGGCAUUCCGUGUUUCAUAGCCGUUUUAUCCUCAGGAUGUGCCAAUCAAUGGCCAAACUAGGUUUCCUCUACUGCGGCUUGAAAACACGUUUCUGAGUCGCAGAUGGGUGACUUCUCUCCAUCCAUAUCUGGCCAGAUCCCCAGUAACUUGUGCUCAGUCCAGACUGCCAGUCAGUUAGAGUCACAUAUCAGCCCAUCUCACAGCUUUAGGAGAUCCUGUCUGUCUCUAGCUAGGUGGGUGAAGGGAGGUUCUGUACAACCCAAGCAUGUAAUAUACAAAUACCCACAUUUUCCAUUGACAACACAGAUGACAUAAAAACUGGUUUGAAUGAAACCAUCAUUCUCAUUGGUCCAUAAUCUGCAUAUAUUUUAACUAUGAAACUUUGUCUUUUUAAAUAUUGUACUAAUAGGUUUAGAAAGCCUACAACUUUUUUUUUUUUAAUUUCAAUGAUUUUUCUGUAUCGUAGCCUUCUCAAAAACAGAUGUUUUUAUAUGGUAAGCACAUAAAAACCUUCUGGCAUUUUUGUUAUAUAUAAUUAUAUAUACAUAAAUAUAUAUUAAAGAAAGCCAAAUGAAAAAGUCCCAUGCAUUUCUUUGUGUGUAAAGAAAUUAAAAGCUGACACCUCCUUUAAAAGAGUCAAAAAUGGUACUUUGGGAAAAGAAUGCUCUCUUCUCCAUUGCUGUUGGUGCUGAAAGAAAUUAAUGGUUGAUGCAAAUGAAAUAAAAUGUUAAGGCUAAAAUAAAUCAAA